AUGGCCACAUCAUCACCACCGCUCGCGCCACCGCCCUCUCCCGCCGUCCCGCCGCCUCUGGCUAUCCGCGACGGCGCCGCCCGCGACCGCGACGGCGCCGCUAUGCCGCUCGGCGGCGAUCGACUGCAGAAUGACACGCCGGCCAUGCUGCUCAGUUCGCCGCCGCUGGCUCCCCGCGAUGGCUCCGCGAUGCAGCCCGGUGGAGGACAACUGGAGAUGGACGAGAUGGAUGAGGAGGGAAGAACCCACCACCGCGCGCGGAUGCUGAACAACGGGCUCGCGCUCGCCUCUCAGAAGGUUCAGACGCCAGACAAUCUGGAGAUGGACGAGAUGGAUGAGGAGGAAAGAACCCGCCACCUCCGCAGGCUCCGCAAGCGGGGAGUGGACUCCAAUUUUCCGGCCCCACCGCCUCUGGAGUUUUCCCGGCGUUGCAACGGCGCGUGCCAAAAUACCGUCCCCAUCAUGCCUGGGGAACCAGGCCGCGGCCGAAUGCACGUCUUCCCCAGUCGGCCGCCACGGCGCAUUGCUGGCUGCCUCGAGGGCACGGAGCUCGAGGCCGCACGGGCGGAAUGGCAUGCUUUGGACAAGACUGACGAGCGGGAGGCGAUGCGCCGCGCCCGCAACCUUGCAAUGAGUCGCUCAGCGCCGCAUCGCGAGGGUGACUCCGCACGCCGAGCCAAGGCGCGGCGCGAGAGCACGAGCCAGCAGCGGAGCCAUCGCGUGGCAGAUCGGGCCCGAUGGCGCCUCCGCAGCGACGACAUUGCAGACAAGAGAGAGCACCGCCAUUGGAGGGCUGUCGUAGUGCGGAGCGGAAUAGGCCGCGCGUUCAGCCUGUCAGAGCGGUGGGUGUGGUAG